CUUAUGCCGAUAGGUUAACUGCGAAUCAUUCGCUUAUAUCUCCUUAUUCUGUAAUUCAAGAUUCUAUCAUAAUCAAGGAUGGUAUAAUUUCUGGUGAUCUUAUAAAUUCUGAAAAUAAUAUACUUUUCAUUUUUGAAUUGCAUUUACUGGAUAUUGGUGCUGCAAGAGUUCGGAUUAAUGAAAAAAAGCCAUUAAAACCUCGUUAUGAUAAAGUGAAAGAUUGGGCCCUUGUUCAAGAUCCAUUGAUUACUUUAGAAUAUACUUUAAUCCCUUCUACUAAACCUGGGGUUACUUCUUUAUCUUUCGGCAAAGAAAGAAAACAAAUGGUUUCAAUUUAUCAUUCUCCGUUUCGUGUCGAAUUUUUGGUUAAUGAUAUGCCAAUUAUCACAUUAAAUGAUCGUGGUUUCCUCAAUUUCGAGCAUUUAAGAAAAAAAGAAGCUCCUGGUUUAGUUGAUCAAAGUAACAGUGAAAAUAAUAAGGUCAUAGAAGAAAAUGAUAUUGAUAAAGAUCUCUGGAAGGAAUCUUUUAAUGGAAAAGAGGAUCCAAAACCAAAUGGUCCUGAAUCUAUUGGACUUGAUAUUUCGUUUCCGGGAUUCGGUCAUGUAUAUGGUAUUCCUGAACACGCAUCAACAUUUUCAUUAAAAGAAACCAGAGGGGGUGACGGUGCCUACACUGAUCCUUAUCGUUUAUAUAACUUGGAUGUGUUUGAAUAUGAGACAGAUAAUCCAAUGGCACUUUACGGUUCCAUUCCGUUUAUGAUGGCUCAUCGAAAGGGUGCAUCAGCUGCUAUUCUUUGGUUAAAUGCGGCUGAAACAUGGAUUGAUGUAACUAAGAAUAAAGAGGAUAAACAUAGACUAGCCAGUCUGCUUGGUUUUGGUAAAUCAACACCCACUUCAACCAAUACUCAUUGGAUUUCGGAAUCUGGUAUUAUCGAUGUAUUCGCUUUUCUUGGUCCAACAACCUCCGACAUCUUCCGUCAAUAUGGAUUACUUACUGGAUUCACUGCGUUACCUCAAUCUUUUGCGAUUGCUUAUCAUCAGUGUCGUUGGAAUUACCUCAACCAAGAUGAUGUUGCUGAAGUAGAUGAAGGAUUUGACAAACAUGAUAUUCCUUAUGAUGUAAUAUGGUUAGAUAUUGAGCAUACCGAUGGCAAAAAAUAUUUUACCUGGGACACUGUUAAAUUUUCUUCUCCUGAAAAAAUGCAAAAUACUAUUGGAAUAAAAGGGCGGAAG